CUGGAAUUUCCGAUUUUCCGCUUAUUUAGGGAGGGAGAGAAGUCUCAACGUAUCUCCAACCUACGGAAGUACUGUUCACCUCGAGAUCCACAACGUUGCUCCAAUGUGGCUGAUUCGUCGCAGAAGAUCCUGAGGAUCAAAGAUGCUUCACCAGAUCGUGCACCUCCAGUUCCGAUUCAUCGAGGAAACGGUAGUGAGCCAGUGAGCUACGGUCGUCAGAAUCCUUCCAAUCGCAUCUAUGACAAUGUUGAUAGCACAGAUAUAGCCGACGAUGUUUGGCAGAACAAGCCGCAGGACUCUCUCGGUUACCUUCAAGUGGCUGUUACGUAUGAUCAAGCCACAUCUCGAGUGAUCGUCAGAAUCAUCGCAGCUCGCGGUCUAAAAAUGCGUGAUCAUACUCGACGACUUGCUCCAAACCCGUUCGUCAAGAUUUACCUCCUUCCCGGCCGAAAGGUGUCCAACAAACGGCGAACCCGAUUCGUUCCAUGUUCGACGAAUCCCGAAUGGAAUCAGAUCGUUGAAUGGCAAGUGUCACCGUUAGCGCUGGCAUCACUGUUCCUGGAGUUCUCAGUUUGGGAUUACGAUCGACUCUCCGAGAACAAUGCCCUCGGUCAAGUGAUCGUCAGUCUAGCAGGUUCGUUUGCCUCAAUUCCAUAG